UUUGUACAGUAAUCUCAAUCGCCAGAGUUCCCAAUACGCAUCCAAUCCGAUAGCGCGAUUGAAUUAGUGGAGUUGGCUCAUUUCUCUACUUUUUAAAACUUGGUUUUAUAGGCAAUUAGCUUUCAGGCAUUCUCUGCUUUCGCCGAGGCAUAAUUCAAUAACACAAUGUGGUUUGAGCUUCUAUGUGGGUUAGUAUCCUAUCGGUUGAUACGAAGGUUUUUCUACGGAGAUGACAUCGAUGAAUUGGAGUCCUCUGACUCGGAUGCCAAGUUCAUGGUUGCCUCCAGAAUCGAGAAGCUUUAUGGAGGGAAGGUCUAUCUCGGUCUUAGGAUCCCAGAUGCUGAUACGGGUACUCGACAGAAUAUCGAUAUGGUUCUUGUCACUAAAGGGGAGUUGAUGGUGGUAUCAGUCAAGAAUUUCUCAGGCUUGGUCGGGAUUGAUGACGAUGGAACCUGGAUUCGUACAGAUGAUGCAAAACACAAGACAGAGAGGUACCCUGAUCCUGUUCUGGAAACUAAGAGACAAGUUGCAAUUCUUCAAUCAUACUUGGAGCAAAGGGGUGUAACUUUUCCAGAAGGAUAUAUAUCUGGCAGAGUUGUACUCCCAAAUCCAAACUGCAGGAUUAUAUAUUCAACAAAUUUUCCAUCAGAAGUCAUUCCCUUUGACAAGUGGGUAGAGCUAGAACCAGAACCAAGAAAUUUGUUUUCUGGUUGGAUUAAGGGUGCAUUUCGUGGAGGAAAGAAAGCGAUGCAGGAUGGAAUACAACAGAAGCUUCAUUUUAUUCUUAGCACAGCUCCAAUGUGGGAUAGGUUGGAGCUUAAAGAUAAUAAGAAAAGCUUUCUUGGGGAAUUUCUACAGUUCAAAGGGAAGCGAGAGGAUAUGGAAGUUCUGAGAAUCAUAAAGAGAUCAAAAGUUAGCCGGCUAGUCAUCCAGAAGUCGGCUAUGUUUCGUUUUGCUUUACUAUCUGAAUACUGGAAGAGUGACACUUCGUUCAAUUUGAUAUUCUCUUUGCUUCGCAAUCUUGUUGGGAAAGUAGUCAACUGGGAAUAUAUGAUCUCUGGUUUCUCAAAACUGCAGCUUCUGUACUCUCCUCGUGAUUAUCGAAGUGAGGGGGUUUCAACUUCUGAGUGGAAAGAUGUGAACGUGAGACCAAAUACAGAGGUCUUAUUUCAGCCCCAGGGUUCUGAUAAAGUCUGCAAGUUGAAGCUUUCAUCUAUAGCUUCAAUGUCACUGAGUGCAUAAAAAACAAGAACACCCACCCCCUCCCUGUCCCCAUCCCCGUCCCCGUCCCCGUCCCCGUCCCCGUCCCCGUCCAAAAAAAAAAAAAAUGUAUAUGAAUUUUAAAACGUUUUGUCUAUUUAACCAUUCACUUGUAGUUCUGUGCAUACAUGGGAAUACAGUAAUUGGAAGAAAUGAAUUUGAUUAUCUAUUUCGCCCAGCUA